AUAACAGCCAGAAGAUCAGCCCCUUUCCUUUUUUUCCACGGCUCGUCUUAUUCAUUCACCAAACAGUUUUACCAAUGUAUGGCUGCCGGUUUCUUACAGGAAUUUAAUGUAUUUUUGAACACGUUGAAGGAAAUUUUUCAGGCCCAUGGGCAGUGUUCUGGCUUUGUCUUCGGGUGCGGGUCACCAGAACUGGCCUUUUUCCACAGACCACCCUCCUUCUCGCUGGGAUGCACAUCCUGCUCACUGGUACAGCCCGCCACGCUGGGAGAGGAGAGAUGGACGCCUACCUAACCCAGGCAGCUUUCACUCCCUACACAGGAGUUGCAAAGAUGUGUUUCCUCAACAGAUUGAGGGAGUCAAGAUGAUUGUCAACAAAACUCUGAGCAGCUUCUUCAAGGUCAGUCAUACUCUCCACCUCAGUGCCGUCAGUCCUUCGUACUAUCGAUUCCACGUGGAACACCUGCAGUCUGACGAUUACAGCAAGGACAAGGAUGCACCUGCAUUAAUCGGUGAGAUGGAUUCCUCAGGAAGUCUGAACGCGCACGCUCUGCUGCAUCUCACUGAGCGUGUGCGAGCCAGAACUGUGUUCCAGACCCAGCAAUCCCAGUUUGUAACAUGGCAGUUUGAAACGGAGUACAGAGGAAGUGAUUUCACUGCCGCCGUCACGGUGGCUAACCCGGAUGUGCUCAGAGAAUCAGUUAUCCUUGUGGCUCACUUCCUCCAGAGUGUGUCGUCUGGUCUGGUGUUAGGAGGGGAGCUUGUCUACCACAGAGGCAGAGCAGAAGAGGGCGGAAUCCUCACGCUGGCUGGACAAUAUUCAAGACCUAACUGGGUGGCGACUCUAAAUGCUGGGAAAGGAGGAGCCCAUGCUAGCUACUAUCACAGAGCCAAUAAACAGAUCCAAGUAGGGGUGGAGUUUGAAGCCAGUACCAGGACUCAGGAGACCACAACUUCAUUUGGGUAUCAGAUGGAACUUCCAGAAGCCAACAUGGUUUUUCGAGGUAUGAUUAACAGUCGCUGUAUCUUCGGAGGCGUGCUGGAGAAGCGUCUGAGUCCGCUUCCUGCCACCCUGAUCAUGGGUGCGUUUGUAAACCACCGUGGUGACAAACUGCAAGUAGGUCUCGGUGUCAAUGUGGGACAAUAGUCCACAACUGACUGACAUGUGAGGGAUAACAAAACACAGAGAUUGCUCCCAUGAGCGGUCUCACCCUGAAUCGGGAUGAAGACCUGGAAGCAGCAGAGUACCAGAGGGUCUGAAAGUUUGCGUCUUGAGUCUGAGAACAAUUCCUGAAUUCUUGUCCUGCAAUCUACCUCUAAAAAAAUAGGGGGGUUAUUUUUUUAAAUUUGGUUGCCAUCCAAAUUAGUGGGAAUGAUUAGAUGAAUUUAUUAAGGGACACAUUUUGUUACAAAAAACAUGAGGGAUUUACUGUCAUGGAAAGAGAGACUAUCAAAACAAUAUUUUUGUUAUGUUUUUGCCCUUUACUGGAAUGUGCUCAUUUUCUGCAUAUUAGAACACAAUCAUGCUAAUAUUAUUUUAAUUUGCAGACAAACUUAUUGGCCUAGGUAUAUACUGUACUGUACAGUAUGUGUUUUAAUGAUGCCAGUGUGUGAAGGUAUACAAAAGGUGCUGUUAUAAACCAAUGAGAGGACCAAGUAAUGAACUAUAUGAAACAUACCGUAAAUGCUCUAAUUAUAGCCUUACCUAAACCACAAAGUAACGUGCAUUGAUUUGAAGUAGGUGAUAAUUGGAAAAUUACAUUCAGAUUUUUUUUUAAACUUUAAAAUGAUUUGAAAUGCAUAAGAAAACAUAGCUCUUUUUGACCAUUUAUUAACGAGUACAUUAUACGACACAGCAGCAACAAAACCAAUGUUGUAAUAGUGGUAAGAAGCAAACUGCUCAGUCAGCUUUAAUAGUGCCGAUGAGGUCAUUGUAAAAAGCAGUGCAGCAAGUGUAACAGUUUCACACUAGCAGCUCGGUAGCACAACCAACAUUUUAAAGCGUGUGCAGAGGUAGAUAAAGCUGCUGGAUGAUGACCACUCAUGAUACUGCCAUAUUAUGACAUGAGGUUUCCUACAGCCACAUAUCUUGCUGCUAAAGUAUUAAAGGCCCCAGAGGUUAUUUAUCUUGUAAACCACACACAUGGUUCCCAUAGGAGACAUGACAAUUAAUUGAUUGGAGGCGUUAAUUGGAGCACUUACUGUAAGUGGAAAUACUGUAUAAUGCAACCUGCACUAUUGCACGUUUGAAUUAUGUGUUAUUUAUUUUUUUUAAUAUGUUAUUUAUCAAUGGAGGGAAGUUGAAGGGAUCGAAUGCAUAUUUGCAAUUAAUUUAUUAAACUGCAUUAUUUCUAUUAUUGUAACAGUUUUUUUCCCCUACGCUAUCUUCCUACAUUAUUGUCUCUAAUGCACGUACCAGAUUUUGAAUGUAACUAGUUCUUAAUAUAAUGAUACUACUAUAAUUCCACACCACUGGUGUCGAUCGAAAUUCAGCAGGAUUAAUUUUGUAAAGGUGGAACGUUUUCAAAAAUAGGAUCAACUUGUUGGGAUUAGUCGCUCAAAACUCUUGAACAGUUCUUGAAUCCGGUUUUCCAAAAUGUCCAUUUAGAUUAAUUCAGAGUGUCAACAAAAAUCUAAAGUAGCAGGUUGGAACUAAAAAGGCUGCAAAGCAAAGUCACGACUCACCAACAUUAAAAAUACAAGAAAUAAUUUCAAAUAUUUUUAAUAUAAAGCCAUAAAAACUGAACAUACUGUACAUUCAUAAAUACUAACAUACUGUGUGUA